AUGUCAUCUGAUAUUCAGAAUAAGCAACAACAAUCACUAAAUUCUGAUUCUUAUAUCAAGAAACAGAAUGCUAAAUUGAUUCAAGUCAUUCAAAACUUCUUUACUAAAUCAGCACAAAUAAUACUAGAAGCAAGAACCCUACAAGAAUCACCCAACUCAACAACAUCAUUAUUCUAUCAACAAACAGGUAGUACCUCCACCAAUGAUAAUCAAAAACUAAAUAAAUGGUUCAAUCUAAAUAUGUAUUCACCUUCUGAUUUUAUGAAGGAUGAAUUAAAGCUAUGGUCUCCUGAUUUAUCAAAUAUCCCUCCAAUGAUUAUAGAAACGUAUCUUGAUUUAAGACAACUACCCAAUAAUCAAACUGUUGUUUUAAUAGAUGAUAAUAAUAAUUCAUGGACUGUUACUAAAUCCGGUGGUAAGAAACAUGAAGUCGUGUUGGAAAGGUGGUUAAUUGAAUUUGAUCAAAAAUCAGCUUCAUCCAGUAUAGUUGACGAAUUACCCUUAAUAUAUAAACAAGCAAUUAUAUUAUUUAGAAGCAUUUAUGGUUUCACAAGAUUAAUGCCAACAUUUAAAUUAAAGAAAAAGUUACAAUCAGAUGGUAAUAAUAAAUUAUCAUUAGGUAAUAAGAUAUUAGAUGGUAAUCAACCAAUUAGUUCAAAAGGUAGAAUUGGUUUAUCUAAAUCAAUAAUACCUCAACAAGCAUUACCAACAGAAUCUCAUAUGACUCAAAAAAUGUUUCAACCUAUAAAUACAAGUCUAGGGACUUUGAAGAUUUCAAUUGCUUAUAGAACUCAUUAUAAUUUCAAGAUUCAAGCUAAUGAAGAGAUUCUUUCUACUCAUUUCAUAUCAAUUGAUAAAGAACAUCAUCAUCAGCAACAACAGCAACAAAAAGAACUUGAACAAGACAAAGAUCUUCUUCUUAAAGAAGAAGAAAGAGAAGGAGAUACAGAAGAAGAUCUCACAGAUAAACCAGUAUCACAAUCAUUAUCACCAUGUACAUCAGAACUUGAAAUUGCUAAAGAAGCAUCCUAUCCUCCAAAAACAUCCAAUAGAUUAAUUAUACAGCCAUUCAAAGUUGGUGCUAUGAGUACUUCCCCUCCACCUUCAAAUAUUCAAUCAUCAUCUUUGGAGCGAAGAAUUUCAAUUACAAGUAAUAGAUCAGGUUCAAGUGCUUCCCUUGCUGCAUUUUUAAGAAAUCCAAGAAGUAGUACCCCUGCGGUUGCUGCUGCAACAGCUUCAACAACAAUGACACCUACUACUUCUGCAAAUAUCCCAAUCACGAAUGCAAACGCGUCACAACAACAGCAACAACAUAAUGUCUAUGGAGGUUAUAAUUCAUCAUUCCCGCGUUCAAUUGGAUCUUCUACUGGACAUGAAGACUCAAUGGUUGAUAGUAGCAACAAUACACCCCGAUUUUCAUCUUCAUUUGGUUCUAGAGCAAGUAGAAGAUUCAGUAAUACAAGUUUAGGAAAACAACAAACCCCAGAUUUAGGUAUGGGAAGAAGUACUAGUGUUGAUGAAACUUUAAGUGGUCUUUAUGGAGAUGAUGAUAUUAGUGAAUUUGUAAGAAUGAUAGAUAGUAAAUCCGAUUUAAAAUUCUCAACAUCAUCCUUCAACAUCAAUGAACAGGGUACACCUUCAUCUUCUUCAACCCAACAACAGACACAACAACAACACCCACAUUUAAUCUCCAAUGAUUCAUUGAAUAAAUUUCAAUUAUUAAGAAGUCAACAUCAACAAUUAAGUGAUAACGUCAGCGCCAGUGUGAUCCUCCACCAGCGACAACAACUGCCCGGCAGCAACACCAGCACUCCCAGCACGCCCCAUGGAAUCAUGAUUGGGAAUGCAAUGGCAGGUUCAAGACCAUCAAGUAGAAAGAGUUCAUUGAAUUCCCCACCGGCAUCAAUUGGUUCAUAUGAUCAACAACAACAACAUCAUAAUCAUCAACAACAACAAGUGGCAAUUUCAUCCAUCCAUUCAAGAAUGAGAAGAGAGAGUUCUCCAAGAGCAAGAAGAGAACUGGAUUCGAAUACUGAUGGGAGUAGACAUUCGUUCAUGAAGACCUCAACUCCGUUGCCGGCGCCCGUGGCUUCACUUGCGAGGAUGCCUAAUUCUCCUGUUCGUCUGAGUGUUAGUCCACCUGCAGCUUCGAAGAAGAAGGAACCUGUUGCGAAAGCGACUGCUACUACUGUGAUUAGCGGAUUGGCCACUACGCCUUCGAUAUAUUCUAAUAGGAGAUCAAUUACUUAUGAAGAUGUCUUUGAUGAUGAAGAAGAUGAAAAUGAUGACCACGAGAAUGAUGAUUGUGAUGAUGAUAAUGGGAAUAAGAAAGAGAAGAAAAAGGUACUUAAUCCUACUAUUACUGUUACUGGUGGUGGUGCUGCUUCUGUUGCGUCUGCAAUGGGGGGAAAGAAAAGUUCGAUUUCUUCUUCUUCGAAUCAUCAGGAUGAUGAAGAUGAAGAUGAUUUAUUGUUUACCAUGAGUGAUAUGAACUCGAAAUAA